UUAGUAGAACCAUAACAUAAAAGGAGACUGUGAGAAGUCUGUUUCCUAAAACCAACCAUCGUGCUUGAGCUACCUUGAGAUUUUUCUUUUUACUCAUUGGUUUCGGGUGUAAUCUGAGAAGACCCCAACCCCCCGCCUUGUUUUCUGUCUGCUCCUUAUAUUGACAAAACCGGUUCUGCGAGCUUUACCUGGGGGGAUAUCGUCAGCUGCGAGAAGGAGGGACAGGGAGAGAGGCUUGUUGCGCACGGUUAGAUAACUUCUCGCCUUAUAAGAGGACGGUCGACAGCUUUAUUUUAUCAGCUUGUUUUUUUUUUCGCCAGAAACAUGAUGUCUUUUAUUGCCUUACUCGUCCUGGCUACGGUUGCCGCAACAACGGCGCAAAGUUGCGUGUGCAACACAAUGAAGUGGGCGACCUGUGAUGGCAGCCCGUGUGAGUGUAAAAUCACGCUAGGUGACCAACUUAAACAGACGCUGGAGUGUACCAAAUUGAUUCCAAAAUGCUUUCUGAUGAAGGCUGAAAUGUACAGAGCGAAGAAAGGAUUGUCCACUCGUUCAGGGGGGAAACCUACUGACCACGCCUUUGUGGAUAAUGAUGGCAUUUACGAUCCUGACUGCGAGGCCAACGGUGUCUUCAAAGCCAAGCAGUGCAACAACAGUGAUAUCUGUUGGUGUGUCAACAGUGCUGGUGUAAGGAGAACAGAUAAAGGGGGCCUGGACCUGAAAUGUGAGAAACUAGUUGAAACUGUGUGGGUGCAAGCUCAACUCAAGCACAAAGAUGGGGUGAAUCUGGAACAAUCGCAGCUGAGGAGUGCCAUGGCGAAGGCCAUUGCAGAACGCUAUAGUGUUGAUGACAAGAUUGUGACUGAAGUGAAGUACGAUAAAGCUAGCCGAACCAUUUUGGUUGAUUUGAGAAAAGGUGCAAGCAAUGUGGACAUUGCCACGGUGGGCUACUACAUGGAGAAAGAUGUCAAGGUUCUGCCGCUGUUUUACAAUGACACUAAGAAAUUUUCUCCUAGUGUUGACUCCAAAAAUUUGACUUUUGAGAACAUCCUGGUUUAUUAUGUUGAUGCCGAACCCCCUACGUUCACCAUGAAGAGAUUGACUGCCGGUGUUGUUGCUGUCAUUGUCGUAGUAGUCCUGGCCAUUAUUGCUGGUCUGGUUGUGCUGUUCAUUUCCAAGAAGAGGCAGAAGUCUGCAAUGUACCAGAAACCAGAGCAGACCACGGAGCUGGAUGAGAUGCAAAAGGAGCAGCUGACUUCUUCGUAAUGGAAAAACUAGAACUGAGAGCUGGAGAUUUAAUUGACGGCAGGAAAGUAACGAGUCGCUGAAGCCGGUUUGGAUUGGAGUAAAAGGACUUUGUACUAAAACCUGUCUUCUCCCAGUCUUGUUUGCAGAGGUGUUGCAUUAAUUGCCCUUGUUUUAAUUUUGAGGUGUGUGUUGCCUCGCUUUGUAUCGGGUAGCAUUUUACCUGUAGUGUUACACAUUGUUAAACUACAAAUAUUUAUAUGCAGAAGACAUUUUGCAUUUUCUGGUCUAUGAAAUGUUGGACAUCAAAAGUGAAUUCAUGUUUGUGCAGACAUUAGGUAUAUAGGUUUGAAGAAGGUAAAUGCAAUCGAGCUUUGUAAUAUAAAAAUGCUUUAUAAUUGCUUUAAACUAGGUCAGUUUGUGUGUGGAUUUCUUUUUUUUUUUUUUUUUUUUUUUUUUUUUUUUUUUUUUUUUUUGUAACUGCCCAGUUGGAUGGGAAAGAGGGUAAUGUUCUAUGUGAAUUUUGAUGACUUUUUUAAACAAUAAACUUUUAUAAAAUG